AUGGCCCCUUCGGCAGCUCAACUGAAGGAAGCGCUCAUUGAGGGGACCCGCGAGGUGUAUAGCGCAGAGCCCGAUGGUACUUCCGUCAACAAGGUGCGCCGGCGUGUCGAAGAAAAGCUCGGCCUAGAAGACGGCUUUUUCACCAGCGAGACGUGGAAACAGAAAAGCAAGACAAUCAUCAAGGAGCAAGUUGAUAAACUGCUGGAUGAAGAUGCUUCUGAGCCAAAAUAUGAAUCGGAUUCAAAAGUUGGCAUCAAGCGGCAAUCGUCUGAAAUCGAAUCUCCGCAGCCCAAGCGACGAAAGAAGACAUCAGGAGCUGCCAAGAAGAAAGAGGAGUCGGACGUUGAUGAAGCUCCCAAGAAGGAAUCCAGCACAAAAUCCAAGAAGCUUGUAUCUCGCCGCAAGGCUGAAGUCGAUGAUUCCGAUGAUCAAGAUGCCAAGCUAGGAGGAAGCCCGUCACCUGCCAGAAAUCGGAAACGAAGCACGAAAGAAGAAUCUAAAGACGAAUUAAAGCACACUCUUUCCAGCGAGGGAGGUAAUGCGACCAUAAAAAAACAGGAGACCCCAGGUGACGAGAUCAUACCACCAGUAAAAGACCAGCCCGAUUCAGGAGCAGAGGAGGGGAAAGCAGAUGUUAAGGAUGAAUCGAAACCAGAGGUGAACGAGGAGGAUGAGUAUUCUGAUGUAAUCGACGAGCCACCACCUACAAAACGCAAGAGAGGCGAAAAGAAAGAGACCUCAUCGAAGCAAAAAGCCUCCAAACCAGCAGCUAAAAAAGACGCCACGCCGGAUGAUCCUAAGGAUGCGGAAAUCAAGAAGCUUCAAUCACAGCUUACUAAAUGCGGCAUUCGGAAGUUGUGGCACAUAGAACUAAAGCAGUACGGAGACAAUGCCGGAGCAAAGAUUCGUCAUCUGAAGAAAAUGCUGGCAGAUAUUGGCAUGGAUGGGCGUUUCUCAGAGUCCAAGGCUCGUGAGAUCAAGGAAAUGCGAGAGUUGCAGGCAGAUGUUGAGGCUGCUCAAGAAAUGGACCGUCUUUGGGGAACCAGCUCUGGUGGAAGGGCUAGCAGAAGCAAGGCCAAAACUACCGCCCAAGAAGCCAAAGUGGAGAGUGCAGAGGAGACCGGGGAUGAGGAAGACGAUGAACCUACUUCGUUUGCUGCGAGGCGACGGGGAGCCCACGCGGAUCUGGCGUUUCUGGGAGACGAGAGCGAUUCCGACUAG